CACUGUUUUGCUUGAGAAGCUGGCCUCUGGUGAGCUGAUGAAAUUUCUGCGUCGUAUAAGAAUCGAUGACCAGCUGGAAGAAUGGCGUACAACUUUGUCGAUGAUCCAGGCCGUGCUUACUGAUGCUGAAAACAAGCAAACAGGAAACGUAGCUGUGAAAGAGUGGCUGAAGGAUCUGGAAGAUUUGGCUUAUGAUCUUGAAGACUUAGUGGAUGAGUUGAAUACCGAAGCUCUGCAGCGCAAAUUAAAUGAAAAUAAAGGCAGCACCAGCAAGGUAAGAAAGCUCAUCCCAACCUGUUGUACUAAUCUUUCUUACAAUGAUUUCAUGUUUGAUCGCGGGAUUGCUUCCAAGCUAAAAGAGAUUAGUGGCCGAUUGAAAGCUCUAUCCAAAAAGAUAAAAAUUCUCAGAUUAGUGGAGAAUGUGAGAGGGAGGUCUAAUGAAAUUGCCAACAACUUCGCUCGUGGUAGAAUCGGAAGUUUAUGGAAGAGAGAAAGACAAAGAGGAAAUACUCAAAAUCUUAUUUGGUGUUGAAUCAAAUGAUAGUCAAAUAUCUGUGAUUCCAAUUGUGGGCAUGGGAGGUGUCGGCAAAACAACUCUUGUCAAACUUGUGUUUAAUGAUGAAAGACUGAAGGGCAAGUUUGAUCUUAAGGGAUGGGUUUGCGUUUCAGAUGAAUUUGAUGUUGAAAAAGUAACGAAAAAAAUUCUUGAGUCAGUUUCUUCUGGUGGAAAGUGUGAUUAUGAAAAUUUUGACACGCUUCAGGUCAAACUAAAGGAAAGCCUUUCAAACAAGAAAUUUAUGAUAGUUUUGGAUGAUAUUUGGAAUGAUGAUUAUGGAAAAUGGGACAGCCUAUGCAGUCCUUUUCUUGCUGGAAAACCUGGAAGCACAAUCAUCAUUACCACUCGACAAGAAAGGGUGGCCAAAAUCAUGUCUGAAAUUCCAGCAUACAAUCUGGAUCUGUUAUCAGAGGGCGAUGCUUUAUCAUUGCUAGCUCAACAUGCAUUUGAAGCUAAAAGUUUUGACAGUCAUCCAGAUUUAAUAGAGAUUGGUAAGUCUAUGGUAAGAAGAUGUAAGAUGUUGCCCCUAGCAGUAAAGGCCAUUGGGGGGCUUCUUCGCGUGGCGGAUGGUCCUGAAGGAUGGGAAGAGGUGUUGAAAAGUGAAACCUGGACGGAUGAAGAAAAUAGUGAAAUUCUUCCUGCUCUCAAACUGAGUUAUCACCAUCUUCCUCCUGAAUUGAAAAGAUGCUUUGCUUACUGUGCUCUCUUUCCCAAGGACUAUGAAUUUGACAAGUUCCAACUAGUGCACUUUUGGAUGGCUGAAGGUCUUCUGCAGGAAUCUAAGAAAAAUAAGUCAAUUGAAGAUGUAGGUAGUCAAUAUUUUGAUGAACUACUGGCUAGAUCAUUCUUCCAACAAUCAAGUGACAAUGCUUCAUGCUUUGUGAUGCACGACCUCCUUAACGAUCUAGCUAUGUCUGUUGCUGGCGAUAAAUGUUUGAGGAUGGAUGGUGCACUGCAGGAAAAUCUUCCUGGUAAGGUUUCUGUAAAUGUCCGUUACUUGUCAUUCGAGCGCAAUGAGUAUGAAACUUACCCUAGAUUUAACUUUCUCGACAAAGUUCCAAAAUUGAGAACAUUUUUGCCACUACAGUAUGGUUUUCACUUAUCCCAAAGAAUUUUGCUUCAACUAUUCGCAAAUUCAUGCUGCUUAAGAUUUCUAUACUUGAAUGGUUAUGGGAUAUACGAGUUGCCAGAUUCUAUUGGUGAUUUAAGACAUUUACGAUACUUAGGCCUAGCUGAAACUCCGCUGACCUGGUUGCCUGAAUCUGUGUGCACUCUUAUCAACUUACAUGUGUUGAUUCUAAGUGGUUGUACGAGACUUACCAAAUUACCCACAAGCAUGGAAAAUCUUAUUAAUCUUAGGCAUCUGGACAUUUCUGAUACUGGUGAAUUACAUGAGAUGCCUCGGGGAAUUGCUCAACUAACAAGUUUGCAAACAUUAACUAAGAUGACUGCGACUAAAAAUGAUGGAAUGAGGUUAAAGGAGUUGGGAAAUCUAUCAUUUCUACAAGGUGAUAUUUCUAUUGAGGAAUUGCAAAAUGUUGUGUAUGUUCAAGAAGCAACGGGUGCAAGGCUAAUGGAUAAGACAAGCCUCAACGAAAUAAGGUUGGCAUGGAGCGAAGACUUUCAUGAUUCUCGAAAUAAGAUUUUAGAAUUGGACGUGCUUAAUGCAUUAAAGCCCCAUAAAAAUUUAUCAACACUUGAAAUCAUGUAUUAUGGGGGUGAGAAUUUCUCCAAUUGGAUUGGAGAUUCAGCAUUUUCUAAGUUAGCAAAGAUAAGCUUCGAAUUUUGUAAAAAUUGCACGAGUUUGCCACCAUUAGGGCAACUACCUUCUCUAAGAGACUUGAGUAUUCGAGGCACUGAUCAAGUGAAAGUGAUUGGACCUGAAUUUUAUGGAAAUAGAGGCCCUGGAGAAUUACGUUUUCCAUCACUCAUUAGUCUGACCUUUGAGGACAUGUCUAACUGGGAGGAAUGGCAUGGAAUAGAAGGUGUUAUCAAACUUCCUCGGCUACGCAAAUUGAAGAUAAAAAAUUGUUCAAAAUUGGUCAGGCUUCAAGAUCCCUUACUGCCAUCCCUUCGUGAAUUAAAAGCUAUAGAGUGUAAUAAGGUGGUGCUAAAUCAGAUGCAGAAAUUGGAAUCUUUAACUCGAAUAAAAUUGACGAACAUUUGUGGAUUAACUUCGGUUAUCAAAGCAUUUGACCAGUUUCCUUCAACGCUUGAAAGUUUGAGCGUUGAUGGAUGUGAGGACCUUGUGACUCUAUUGCCAAGUGAUGAUACCGCACAAAACCUUGUCAACCUACGGAAAGUGUAUGUUGAAAGUUGUCCUCAACUAUCGUCCCUUCAAGAGAUUGAUGUUCUUCCUGGUCUUAGGAGUCUUACGAUAGCAAAGUGUGGCGCUUUGGAGUUGUUGCCUAAUAAAAUAUCUUUUCUUGAGAAGUUGAUUAUCAAAGACUGUCCAUUAUUAAAGACGGUGAUGAAGCUACAGGAUUGCAGCACCUCGCUCAAUGAUCUGUCGAUUUGUACGUGGGUGAAUUUGAAUUUGACAAAUUUACUAGGCUCGGGCCACGAUUACACAAGUCUCACUGAUAUAACCUUAUGGGAUUGUGAUGGUCUAGAGUCAUUUCCCGAUGGAGGCUUGCCCACACCAAAUUUAAGGCGGUUACUUAUAGGGUAUUGUCGACAUCUCAAAUCUCUACCCGAUCAGAUGGAUCUACUUUCGGCCCUUUUAUUCCUGUUGGUGUCUAGCUGUGAUUCAUUAAUUACACUCUUUCCCCAAGGGGAUAUUCCCCCAAAUCUUACUGAUUUGGACGUGAUGAGUUGUGCUUCAUUAAUUACACUCUUUCCCAAACAGAAUAUUCCCCCAAAUCUGUCUCGCCUUGACAUCUCAUAUUGCCAGAAACUAAGGCCGCUGGGGGAAUGGGGCCUACACACACUCACCUCUCUUGAUUCCUUUUCAUUUAGUGGAUGUCCAGAGCUGGUUUCCCUCACUAACAAUGCUGACGAAGAACACUGUGUGCUUCCUCCAUCUUUAACUACGUUGUCGUUGAUUGGCCUGCUGAAUCUGGAAACCCUAUCAAACGGCUUCCAAAGUCUCACCUCUCUUCAACAUAUAUGUAUCGACGAAUGCCCAAAGCUUGUGGCGUUGCCUUUGGAAGGCCAGCUUCAAAAGCUUUCGGGCCUUCACAUUUACCGCUGCCCACGUCUUGCGAAACGGUGUUUGAAGAACAAAGGAGACUACUGGCCCAUCAUUGCUGACAUUCCCGAUGUCCGAAUUGGUUCCCGUUCCAUCCACGAUCCAUGUCCAUGAAUUCAGUUACACGAGUAUGAAUCAAUGUCAGAGCCGAUUUACCAACAAUCGAGUAAUUGAUUGGCUAUGGCGCUAAAAUCUGCCUUUCUUCUCCUCUUGCAUUUUCUCAUUAAUUGUAAGAACGCAAGAUGGAAUGAAGGUGCCUCUUCUAUGAGGCCUUCAAGUACCUGUUAUAGCUUUGCACAUCUGCUCUCCCUAAUGUUUAUUGUUGCAACGUUCAUAUGAUCAGAUGGUUAUUGAUGGUGUUAAAUGUUACGCUAACUGAUUGCUGAAAUUGAUAGAGUUGAGAUGUGACACUGAUUUUCUCCGAGCCGCCGCUUGCUGCAAGGAAGGCCAAGAAGAAAAAGAAAGUGAAGGAUCCAAACAAGCCAAAGAGGCCUCCAAGUGCUUUCUUUGGCAAAAGGUUGAUUAGACCAUUAAACUGUUCAAUGCUAUUUCUGCUUUUAGGGAAGGGUUCACGAAACAAUCCAAGAAAAAAUAUCCGAAUCAAUUGUUGUUGUUAAGUUCAUCAUUCUUUUUAAAUUUUCUUCGAAGGUUAAUAUUCAAGCCAGAUAUUUGCACUAGGAGCGUGUGCAUGAUAAUUUUCUUUAUGAUUUCUAGUUUUCCUUUUGGGAAUAAAUAAUAAUAUAGGCUGGAAAAGCUGGUGGAGAUAAGUGAGUGUCCAUGAGUGAUGAGAUUGGAAGUGCUAAUGAUGAGUCUGGCAAGUCAAAGUCUGAGGUUCAUGAUGAUGAGGACAAUAAGAGCAAUGGAGAUGAGGAACAUGAUGAGUAAGGACUACCACGGAAAAUUGGAUUCUGGAUUCAAGAUUUCCAUCUGGUCGUCUAUUUCCAGUCCAAGUUUGGAGACUCAUAGCUCAAUCAUUUACAGGGUCAAGAAAAUUGUUAAUUAUGUCAGUCGCUAUGAGCUUGUGGGUGGACCACCUACAUGGCCCGCUUUGUAUAUAUUUUGUUACAAGCUCCGAUUCACGACAGUUGAUGAUGUGUUGUUUAAAUCAGAUUUGCCUUGUACAUAGUUUUUGUUGUUAAGGAGUUGCUGGAAGAGGCCAAACCAAUCAUUAUUUAGUGACACAUUUUUUAAGAGCAAUCCAAGAAACUACAUUUGUUAAGUGAAGCCAACGCUCUACUGAAGCAAACAAAAAGAUUAUGAUGAUUGAGGAUGAUCAAGUUCACGUUUCACUUAUUGUCCUUCCAUUCCCAUCUCCUUGAGUAAAUAUCAUUUGUUGUAUUACGUGGCUGCCAAACAUUUCAAACACUCCUGGGAACAUUUUAGAUGUAAAAGUCUACAUUAUGCGAGGAAUUUCCUUUUUUCCGAACGGAGAAUCGUGAAGGCUGUCUUGUUAUU